AUGGAUUCAUUCUGGCUGGUUGAAGAUUCCAGCGACGAAGAUAUCAGAGAAAUUGACUGUUUCUCUAACAAUUGCUUUUAUCGACUGCUAAAUCGUCCGAAAUCUUCCGAACAAACUGAUGCUGCACAAUACUUGGACGAACUUAUUAUGGAAUUGCAAGAAUUGAAUGAAAUUGAAACAGAAUAUCCAAGAUUAUUGUUGCAUGUACAUAUUCUGCUUACUGCUGAAUUAAACAGAGUGUGGAAUUUAUUGUGCAACAAACAAUUCGAUGAACAGAUGAAUUCCUUCGAAAAUGAAUGGCAAUCACAAACAUUGGAGGAAGCCAAUGUAAUGUUGCAAGAAAAGAUUGAAUUAUCAGAAGAGCAAAGUGCUGAUUACCUACGAAAAACAAAGGACUUGCACUGUGCUUUAUUAAAACGCUUAGAAAAUGAAACAAACUGUCAAAUUCUGAUACGUGGAAAAGGAUCGCUAUUGGAUCAUCGCUUAGAAUCUCGUCUGAAGAAUUAUGCAGGUUGGGAGCAUUUAUCAGAACCGCUUCAUUUGCUAGUACGUGCAAACGAUUCAACAGUUACACUUUGCACUAUGAAGCUUACAAGUGGUGUACGACAUGUAAAACAAUAUCUUAUGAGAAAGCAAUCAAUCGAUGGUAAUCAAAUGAAAGAAGAAUAA